GGCCGCGGUGCACCCUGGGGCGCGUAGUUGGGCGGCGCGGGCGGCGGGUCCCGCGCGCGGCCGGAGCAGGGGCAGGAUGUCGCGCCAGGCCGGCCGCGGCGCCGAGAGCAAGAAAAUGUAUUGGUAUUUGCCAUUCAUUUCACCUUCUGCAUCUAUGCAUCUCAUGAACUCGGAGCUCUUCACGCUGACCUACGGGGCGCUGGUCACCCAGCUCUGCAAGGACUACGAGAACGACGAGGACGUCAACAAGCAGCUUGACAAGAUGGGUUACAACAUCGGGGUGAGGCUCAUAGAAGACUUUCUGGCCCGGUCCAACGUUGGAAGAUGCCACGAUUUCCGUGAAACUGCAGAUGUUAUUGCAAAGAUAGCAUUCAAGAUGUACCUGGGCAUCACUCCAAGCAUCACCAACUGGAGCCCUGGAGGUGACGAGUUCUCCCUGAUCUUGGAAAAUAACCCCUUGGUGGACUUUGUUGAGCUCCCUGACAACCACUCCUCUCUCAUCUAUUCCAACCUUUUGUGUGGAGUGCUUCGAGGGGCCCUGGAAAUGGUGCAGAUGGCCGUGGAUGUAAAAUUUGUCCAGGACACACUGAAGGGUGACAGUGUCACAGAGAUAAGGAUGAAGUUCAUCCGGAGGAUUGAAGACAAUCUCCCAGCUGGUGAAGAGUGAACCUCAGCCCAGUCUCCCCGCGGGGCUGGAGGGGACCAGCAGGGUUUGCCCAUUAGCUUUCCUCACAGAUCCGUAGGGAUAGACCAUGUUCAGCACAGACCUGCAGGGAGCUGGUGCCCCUGUACGUUCAGACAGACUCACUGACUGUUUAAGAUGUUGUUAUAUUCUUCUACUGUCAAUUCCACCUUCUGUAGAAGACGAUUGUCUGGUUGCUGUUUAUUUCACAGGUUCAUUCUGAAGCUUUUUCAUAAGGUGAUGUCCUUUUCGUAUUCCCCUGGGGACUCUUUCUAUGCUCAGUUUCUAACUGUGACGUUUGGUUGUGUGAGAAAAUACAGCUCAAAGUCUGGAAGAGCUCCAGCCUGUUCAAAUCCAAAUCUGUUUCUUUGCCAGAAUUGGAGACCAAGCUGUGAGAGCCCAGUGAUUUCCUUUCCAAUGCUGUCCUUAAAAAAGAGGUGUUUAAAAUUCAUUGGAGAUCAGCACGUAGUAUUUCUGUAGACCAAACUGACCUCCUGCAUUUCAUUCUAAAGUUCUAGGAAAAUACAAGUUUGGUACAAGGGGGUGGUUUGAGAGUUCCCUUUGAGUUCUGGUACCCACUUGGGGUAGGUUCAUGAGGUCCCUGUUCUGCAUUUUCUCUUCCCCAGCAGCCUCUUGACUCCUCUCUUGGAAGGGGAGGACCUGGACAUCACAGUGGAGCAGCAGGAAAUAUUUUAAAUGAAGAACAGGAAAGUGGCUGCAAUUCCACUAUUCCAAAACUCAGGCCAAGCACUGGGAGGGACUGGAUAAUUUUCCUCAGGUAGAGCCUGUUCUGUCACAGUGAAUGGACACUGCCUGGUGGGGGGGGGUGGGGCUGGGUGGGUUCUCACAUCUUCAGGCUGCAGCAGAAUUUCCCAUAUUACUUGGCAAGCUUCAGCAGUCUGCAGCACCUGCUGUUCCAUAAAAUAAAUACUCAAAGGAGUCAUAUAGCUCAAAAAGCAAGAUACUGGGCAGUCAGCUUCCUCUGCCAUCCCAUUCAGCCAGAAGACGCAGUCAGAGUUUCAGGUCUCCAGUCACUUUACAUGGCAUGAAGGCGCAGAUCCCCAGAGGCAGGUCAGUUGGCAGCUCUCGCUCCACAGGGGCUCACACACCUCUCUAGGGUUGUGCCUGAGUGUAAGGUGAGGGAGAGCAAGCUGCCUCCCAUGCUGCUGUUUGUUUGGCUUCUCUGGAUGGCUCUGCUUGUCCCUUUUUUUUCCCCAAAUGAGUCCUUUGGUGGGAGGGUUUGGAUGCUCCGUGUGCUGCGAAGGGGCAGCGCGUCGCUGGGAGAGCAGCUGGAGGACACUGAGGAGCCUGGUGGGGUUUGGAGGUGCUGCUGCAGACAGGAAAAAGACCCGUCAUUUCUCAUAAUUGACCAUUACAAGGCAUUUUAAGACUGCAUUAAUUGCAUUAAAAGAAUCCCAGUGGCAA